AUGGCUGCAGCAGCAAGAACAGGACAUGGACCCAGAGUACUGGUCAUUGGGUCGGGAUCGGCAGGCUUGUUGACCGCUCAAGCAUUACACAUGCAAGGCGCUCGUGUGACAGUCUUCGAGCAGGACUCUUCGCUUGACGCACGACCUCGAGACUGGAACUUCGGUAUUUACUGGGCACAGGAUCCUCUGGCAGAGUGCCUGCCAGAGCACAUACAGAAGGAAGUCGAAAAUGCUCAGGUCGACGGCCACAGAGCUGGUGAGGAUGAAGUCAUGCCCAUCUACAACGGCGAGUCUGGGGAACUGCUGAAGAAUGUGCCAAUACCAUACAACAUCCGACUGGCACGAAAGAAGUUCCUGAAGCUCAUAUCCACCGGUAUCGACAUCCAAUAUGGCAAGCGUCUGGUCGACAUCUCCUCAGACGGCAAGCAAGCAACAGCCACCUUCGAAGACGGCACAACAGAAACUGGAAACCUCCUCAUCGGCGCAGAAGGCGCUCACUCUCCCGUCCGCAAGUUUCUAGUAGGACCAGAGAAAGCCGCGGUAACACAUCUCCCCCUCGUGGCCUCCGUCACAGUGGCCAAGUUGCCUGCAGAAGCAGCCCUCAAAUUCCAGGCCUUCGCCCGCAGACUCAUGGUCAUUUUCCAUCCUCUCGGCUACUUCAACUGGAUCGGCCUCCACGAUGCACCCGAACGCUCUCAGCCCGGCGAGUGGACUUUCAUGAUGAUCAUGUCGUGGAUCCCAGAAGACCGCGAGUACGACGUCAUGAACGUGCAGAACGAUGCGAUACUCGCAGACCUCAAGCGUCGAGCCAAGGACUUUUCUGAUGACAUUCGGUUACUGUGGGAGAGUGUGCCGGAAGGUACCAAGUGCUGGCACAAUCGUUUGUCGUAUUGGAUUCCUGAGCCGUGGCAUAAUCGAAACGGGACUGUGACGUUGGUUGGAGAUGCAGCGCAUCCUAUGACUUUUCAUCGUGGGCAAGGGCUCAACAAUGCCAUUCACGAUGUAGCGCUUCUUGCAAGGCAACUUAAGGAGCACGGCUCUACGACAGAGGCUUUGAACAGCUAUGAACAAGAAAUGAUACCUCGAGCGCGAGAUGCUGUGAUUGGGUCCACAGACAACAGCUUAGCAACACACGACUGGUCCAAAUUGGUUCAGUCACCAUUGUUCACGAAGGGUCUGUCGCAAAUGUAA